GUAAAUUCCAGUCAGCAGGAAGUGUGAUGUGGCUUUGAUUCCCAUCGAAAAUGUCUGCCAUUUUCAACUUCCAGUCUCUGCUAACUGUGAUUCUCCUCCUGAUCUGCACCUGUGCCUACAUCAGAGCGCUGGCUCCCAGCCUGCUGGACAAGAAUAAGACCGGACUGUUGGGAAUUUUCUGGAAAUGUGCCAGAAUAGGUGAGCGGAAGAGUCCGUGGGUGGCUUGCUGCUGUGUCAUCAUGGCUUUUAGUAUACUGUUUGUACAGUAACCCAUUAACCAAAGACAGCCAAAAAUGGGAACAUUGAAAAAAAUGGACAGACAUGGAGACCAUGAUCCAAGAAGCACAAUCGGACCUUCGGUGGCUGUCACUUGGAUUACCUAAAACCUGAAAGCUGUCACCACAUGCCAUAGCCACAGAAACACUGAAUGAGUAUAGGUAGGGGGCUGUGGGUGACCCCAUAGCUCCCAAGUGUGUUUAAGGCCAUCCACAGACUUAAAGGUUUGCAUUAGUGUUUGCUUAUGUGGACAGUUUACUCCCAAUCUGUGAGUGCGUUUGUUGGUCAGUUUUUGUUUAUCUACCAUUUUAUGGGAUCUUUGUUUAAACAUUUCAGACAGAUUUUUUUUGUCCUAACGCUAUCACCAUGAAAGUCCCCAUGAAUGAGCACUCAUAAAUUUUCCAAAAUAGUAAGGGAUUUACAUUUUUACUAAUGACGAGUCCUCUUUGUGUCUAAAGUGGUUCAGCAUCGCUGUAGUUAACAGAAUGGUGUUGUAGUUCUUCAGGUGCACAUCUCUGCUCAGUGUUUGCCUCAGAAAGCUACAAAUGUUUUUAAAGUCAGUCAAAUUGCAGCUAUUUAUUAAAGUACCUUCUUGGACGUCUGGCUUGAGAAUAAUUCUCGUUCAAUUAAAGCUUUCCGAUCAGAGCUUUCUGUCGACGUGGGCUUAUAUCGGGUGUUAGAAUGCAACGCUGUAAGAAAUGUCAUUAAUAAUGACUUUGAACAAGCAAACUACAUGUCAAGAAUAAACCUUUUCUGAUCUUCUCUCUAUAUGG